AUGAAGACUCUUAGUGCCCAAAGUUCUUCUCUUUAUAUCAAAUUGGCCUUUUUGAUAAGAAAAGGUCAUACAUCUGUAAUUACAGGGGCUGGUAUAUCUACAUCAGGAGGUAUCCCUGAUUUUAGGUCUAGUACAGGUAUAUUUAAAGAUAUCAAAAACAAACAUGGUUAUAAUGGUGAACAGAUUUUCACUUUUGGCGUCGUUCAUUCUUGUGAUAAGGCUUUCCAAAUCUUCAUUCAACUAAUCUGCAGUCUCAAAGAUAAAGUCGAACAGGUCCAACCCACCCCUACCCAUCGGAUGCUAGCUUAUAUUCAGAAGAGAUACAAAUUCAGUCUUUAUACUCAAAACAUCGAUGGUAUUGAAAAGAAAGCCGGCAUUGAAAAAGACCUUAUCUAUCUUCAUGGCAAUUUAGAAACUCUUAUCUGCUCACAUUGUCAUCAUCAUGUUGAGUACACUUUGGAUCAAAAUCAACUCUUACAAUCAAAAACAAUCAUUGAAUGUCCCAACUGUAUUCAGCGCAAGACCGAACGACAGAAACUGAACAAAAGACCUACGCCUAUUGGUAAACUUAUGCCUAAUAUUGUCCUUUAUGGUGAUAAGACUGAAGAAAUGUCCUUACUUAAACGAGUGCAUUACGACCAACAGACCGAUGUCUUACUGGUAAUGGGAACUAGUUUAAAGGUUUAUGGAGUCAAAAAUCUUGUGAAAGAGAUAAGCCGACAGGCCUCUAAAAACAAUGGAGUUAAGGUUUAUAUCGGUCGAGAAGCACCUCCUAAGAUUAUGCAGCCCUUUUUUGAUUAUUGGAUUGAAGGUGAUUGCGAUACGUUUUCAUCAGUCUUACUAGAAACUCUGCAGGGCAAACACUUGCUUAAAGAGUUACAGAAAGCAUCACAAAACAGAUAUGAAGAAUUACUAGCUUCUUUCCGUCGCUUAUCUUUAGAUACAUCGUUUAGAACUAAUCAUACCAAGUAA